AUGAAUCGUUCACAAGAAGAUACUCGUGAAGCUCGUAGACUUCGUCGUAACAAGUGUGAUUGGGAGAGAAGGAAUGAGGCUCAGCAACAGAAAGCAAGGUGGGACAAAAGGAAUUCUGGAGAUAGGUCUCAUUGCAACCGAAGACAACUGGUGUCUCCUUCAGAGAGAGAAGAUCAUCUGUCUCAAGAAAGAGCCACGAUACGAAGGAGAAGGGAACAAGAGGAACCUGCUCAGAGAGAGCGAAGAUUAGCAGGUGAAAGAGCUCGGGUUACACUGAGGAGAGAGGAAGAGGACCCUGCCAGGAGACAGCAUUGCUUAGCAGGUAAUAGAGCUUGUUCUGCAUUGAGAAGAGAGGAGGAAGACCCUGCUGAGAGGAAACAACGGCUUGCUGUCCAUAGAGUUUGGGCUACAUUGCAUAGAGAACAAGAGGCCCCACUGAGAGAGAGGAAUGACUGGCUGGUAAUAGAGCUAGGACUGCUCAACGCUGGAGACUAG